AUGGGAAAGCCAAAGUAUAUUUUACUUGUGAGACAUGGAGAGUCAGAAGGGAAUUGUGAUAAAUCAGUUAAUAGAUAUACACCAAAUCACAAGGUUGCCCUUACAGAUGAAGGGCAUAGCCAGGCUAAAUCAGCAGGGCUAGUAUUGAAAGAAUUUUUACAGCAUGUGUCCCUGGAAGACGAAGAUCGAAAUAAAACAAGAAAUCCUAAAUCGAUACUAUUCUAUACUUCGCCAUAUUUGCGAGCUAGGCAAACAUGUAACAACAUUAUUGACGGCAUAAAAUAUGUCCCAGGUGUAAUGUACAAGGUCCAUGAAGAACCUAGGAUGAGAGAACAAGAUUUUGGGAAUUUUCAAAGCACAUCAGAACAAAUGGAGAAAAUAUGGCAGGAAAGGGCACACUAUGGGCACUUUUUCUAUAGAAUACCGCAUGGCGAAAGUGCUGCUGAUGUUUACGAUAGAAUAGCGAGCUUUAAUGAGACAUUAUUUCGCCAAUUUCAACAAGAUAACUUUCCCAACAUCUUGAUCUUGGUAACACACGGUAUCUGGGCCAGAGUAUUUCUCAUGAAGUGGUUCCGGUGGAGUUACGAAGAGUUUGAAUCAUUGAGAAAUAUUCCUCAUUGCCAAUACUUAAUUAUGAAGAAACAGUCGGAGGGCGGUAAAUUUAGAUUGAAAACACCAUUGAAAACUUGGGACGACCUUCCCGAUAGUGACAUCGAUGAGGAGGUAGUCAAACGAGAAUUUGGUGAUGAGGUAUGUUUCAAUACUAAGAAUAAGCUUGCCAAUCCGGAAGAUUUUGACAUUACCAGUAUCAUACAGGCCCAACGAGAUGCUAUAAAAUCAAAUAGGUACAAAGAUCGACAAAUUAAGGAUGCAUUUCAAAAAUCUAUGAACACAGACCAACAUGAGAAAGACACUUAUCCUAGUUCUCCGUCAACCUUAGCAUCAAGGUUUACGCUUGAUGAUCAGAGUGUUGCUAACAGUGUGUCUAACAGCAAGCACAAUAGUUUAGAGAACUUACAAGAAGAUUGA